GAUGGCGAAUGUUGUGAUAGAGUUCAAGGCAUCUGCCGGGGACUCGGAGCCGCAGCACCGCCCGAUCCUCAUCGUCGGCCAUCUCUCCAACCUGCAACAAGUCAACUGGACACAGCUGAAAGGAAAGCUGCAGCCCGUGGUCUCCAAAGAGACAUGGCAAGCAGCUUUGGGUUCUCUGAACCCAAACCCCACUGAUAGCUGCCCGCUGUAUUUGAGUCUUGCAGCUGUGGCAGCCCUUCCUUCACGAGUCAGCCGGCAUAACAGCCCGUCAUCUGCACACUUUCUUACCCGCCUGGUCCGAACAUGCCUGCCUGCUGGCAACAUCCGCUGCAUUGUGAUGGUGUGCGAGCAGUCAGAUGUGUUUGCAUCAGCAUGUGCCAUCGCUCGAGCUUUUCCUGUGUUCUCCCGACGCUCAACGUCCUCACGCAGGACGGAGAAGAAACAUGUCACUGUGGAGUUUAUCACUGUGGGUCAGGACAAUGACCCACUGGAGGUCUCCACACUGGAGUGUCUCGCAACUGCAGCUGACGGAAUUCGUCUGGCUGCUCGAAUCGUGGACACUCCAUGCAGCGAGAUGAAUACUGACAACUUCUUGGAGGAAAUAAAGGCCGUGGGGAAUGAACUAGGCAUCACUCAAACUAUAAUUAGAGGAGAAGAACUGAAACAAAAAGGUUUUGGAGGUAUCUAUGGAGUUGGUAAAGCAGCACAGCACCCCCCUGCCCUGGCUGUGCUUAGCCACACUCCCUCAGGUGCCACACAGACCAUUGCCUGGGUGGGCAAGGGCAUCGUCUAUGACACAGGUGGUCUCAGCAUCAAGGGCAAAACCACAAUGCCUGGAAUGAAGAGAGACUGCGGUGGAGCUGCCGCCGUUUUGGGAGCUUUUAAAGCUACUGUUAAACAGGGCUUUAAAGACAAUCUUCAUGCAGUCUUCUGUCUGGCAGAGAAUGCAGUGGGACCUACAGCGACUCGGCCAGACGACAUACACACUCUGUACUCUGGAAAGACGGUGGAGAUAAACAACACAGAUGCUGAAGGGAGGCUGGUGCUGUCUGAUGGUGUUGUCUAUGCGAGUAAAGAUCUGUCUGCAGAUAUCAUACUGGACAUGGCGACGCUGACCGGAGCUCAGGGAAUCUCCACUGGGAAGUACCAUGCAGCUGUGAUGACCAACAAUGAGCAGUGGGAGGCAGCGUGUGUGAGAGCGGGCCGUAGCAGUGGAGACUUGGCACAUCCUCUGGUCUACUGCCCUGAACUUCACUUCAGUGAAUUCACCUCAGCUGUGGCUGACAUGAAGAACUCUGUGGCGGAUCGUGAGAAUGCUCAAAGCUCUUGUGCUGGUCUUUUCAUUGGCUCUCAUCUGGGUUUUGAUUGGCCAGGCAUUUGGGUGCAUGUGGACAUUGCUUCACCUGUGCAUGCUGGGGAGCGGGCCACAGGUUUUGGCGUUGCCCUGCUCUUGGCUCUGUUCGGCCAGGCAUCCGAGGACCCUAUGCUUAAUUCUGUGUCCCCAUUGGGUAUCGCCACCGCAAAACCUGCCUCUGAGGACCAUGUGGUGAGGGACUGCAAGAGGAGGAGACUUAUCUAAGAUCAAUUCAAACUGUUCUUAAUCUUACCAAAACUUAAGUGGAAAUGGUUAAAUAUCAGUUACACUUUGUACGCAUAUAGUUUCCUCAACACCAAAGUUGAAUCCUUUAGACACAGACACAUACACACACACACACACUACAACCAAUUACACUUUUACCACUGCAGAGAAUUUCCAUCAAUGUCUUCAGAAUAUGCAGAGGUAAUCAUUCUUAAAUAAAAGUGCAAUGUUAUCUUACUGUUUUGUAAUGUUCACGUGAAUCUCUUUCAGUGUGUCUUUGAAGUUGCCAUAGUAAAGGAUUAGUAAGUACUGUGCUAAGGUGUUGGGGUUUGUUUUCAAUCAUUAUAUCAAUAUAUAAAAAAUUCAAUCAGUGUGUUGGUAAAUAACAACACACUCACCAUGUCAGUGUACAUUUUGUUUUUUGUUGUUUUGUUUUUCGACAAUGUGCACUGACAGCUACUUUUGACGCCAUUUUUUUAAGUGGUAAAUGGAGGAUACAGAAUGUGAAUGGAAAGAAAAGAUCUUUUUUCGGAGUAAAUGUUUAAAAAAAAAA